UGUAGCUGGGAAACAUAUCAGUUGCUGUGGAGUGAUUUGACGGAGGUUCUUGUGGCUGGACCAUCACAACGCUGCGUCGGCUGCUUGCUACACACGCAUGUAGGCUAAUAUUUCGGUGAAUUUUGGAAAUAUACGGAGGAAAAAAGCACGCUGUGAAUUUUGCAUGUCAGGAGCGGAGAACUGUGUCGCCGGUCAACGGCUCUUUUCCGUUUUGGAUCGUUUUUUCCCUAUGACAUACUAAUUAUUCGCAGGCAUGUGGAAUUGUACAAGGAUUACGAAUUGCCUCUCAAUACUGUGCCUCCUAUUGACGAUAUGGACGGAGGUGUCCAAGUGCUCUGGCUAUUUUGAGCUGCAACUGAUUACCGUUCAGAAUGUGAACGGUGAGUUGUCGGACGGGGAAUGCUGCGACGGCACAAGGAACUCACAGGAUCUGCGCUGUAGCCGGGACGAGUGUGAUACUUACUUAAAAAUUUGCUUAAAGGAGUACCAAACCGAGGUCACAACCACUGGCUCUUGCACCUACGGAGUUGGAUCUACACACGUUCUUGGUGGAAAUAUUUUUUCUUUUAAGAAUACGAAGAAUAACCAAAACAAAAUCAACGAUGCUGGCAAGGUUCUCAUCUCUUUUCAGUACGCAUGGCCGCGGGCGUACUCCCUCAUCGUGGAGGCCUGGGACUGGGACAACUCCACCCGCAACAAUGACGAGGAGCUGCUGAUUGAGCGGAGCAUCCACACGGGCAUGAUCAACCCUGGCGACCACUGGCAGACCAUCCAGCACGAUGGGCCCGUGGCGCGCCUCGAGUACCGCAUCCGUCUCAAGUGUGACGAGAACUACUACGGCAGCAAGUGCAACAAGCAGUGCCGGCCACGUGACGACUACUUCGGCCACUACCGCUGCGAGCAGUCCGGCAACCGCGUGUGCCUGGAGGGCUGGAUGGGCGAAGACUGCCAGACGGCGAUCUGCAAGCAAGGCUGCAACCUGUUACAUGGAGACUGCUCAGUCCCGGGGGAAUGCAAGUGCAACUAUGGCUGGCAGGGCCAGUUCUGUGACGAGUGUGUCCCCUACCCAGGCUGUGUUCAUGGGACCUGUGUCAUACCCUGGCAAUGUAGCUGUGAGCGCAACUGGGGAGGCCUGCUGUGUGACAAAGAUCUGAAUUACUGUGGCAGACACCAGCCGUGCGUGAACGGCGGCACCUGCAUGAACACGGAGCCGGAUGAGUAUCGUUGUGCCUGUCCCGACGGCUACUCUGGCAAGACCUGCGAGAUAGCUGAGCACGCCUGUGUGUCCGACCCGUGUGCCAACAGCGGCACGUGCCACGAGGUCCCUUCUGGUUUCGAGUGCCACUGCCCUCCGGGGUGGGAGGGGCCCACCUGCGCCAACGACAUGGACGAAUGUGCGUCCAGUCCUUGUGCCCAGGGCGGGACAUGCAUCGAUCUGGAGAACGGCUUUGAGUGUGUGUGCCCCCCACAGUGGGGUGGGAAGACCUGCCAGAUCGAUGCGAAUGAGUGUGUGGGGAAACCGUGUGUAAACGCUUACUCUUGCAAAAACUUAAUUGGCGGAUAUCACUGCGACUGCUUUCAAGGAUGGUCUGGACAAAACUGUGACAUCAAUGUCAAGGGCUGCCACGGCCAAUGUCAGAAUGGAGCGACGUGUAAGGAAGGGCCCAGGGGGUACCUCUGUCAGUGCCUGUCAGGCUUUGUGGGCACGCACUGCGAGAUCCAGCGGAACAGGUGUGCCAGUGGGCCCUGCCAGAACGGUGGGCGCUGCCACAGCGUUUUGGACGGCUUUGUGUGCGAGUGCCCGACCAAAUUCUCCGGGGAACUGUGUGAGGUCCCAGGUUGGUCUCCUUCAGACCCGUGUGAGCCAACCCCCUGUGAGAACGAGGCACCGUGCCACACCCUAACGGGUGACUUUUACUGCGCCUGUCCCGAUGGCUACGAGGGCAAGACCUGUGCCCACCUCAGGGACCACUGCAGGACCACCCCCUGCCAAGUAAUUGACAGCUGCACCAUUGUCGUGGCGACCAAUGACUCCGCGGACGAGGGUGGCUUUCGUCACAUCUCGUCCAACGUUUGUGGCCCCCGGGGACGCUGUAUCAGCCAGCCCCGCGGCAACUUCACCUGCUUCUGUGACUCCGGCUUCAGCGGCACCUAUUGCCACGAAAACGUGAACGACUGUGUGAGUAGCCCGUGUCGGAACGGAGGCACCUGCAUCGAUGGUGUCAACUCCUUCCAGUGCUUCUGUCCUGAUGGGUGGGAGGGCCGGCUCUGUGACCUUAAUGUAAACGAGUGCAACCGUAACCCAUGUAAGAAUGGUGGCUUCUGUGUGGAUCUGGUCAACGACUUCUACUGCGAGUGUACCAACAACUGGAAGGGCAAGACCUGCCACUCCCGUGAGAGUCAAUGUGACGCCAACACCUGCAGUAACGGGGGCACCUGCUAUGACCACGGGGACGCUUUCCGCUGUGCCUGCCCCCCUGGGAGGGGCGGCAGUACCUGUAACACAGCCAAGAACAGCAUGUGUGUGUCCAGCCCCUGCUCCAACGGAGGCACCUGUGUGGGAGGCGGCGACUCCUUCACCUGCAUCUGCAAAGAGGGCUGGGAGGGCCCCACCUGCUCCCAAAACACCAACGACUGUAACCCUCACCCCUGCUACAACGGUGGUAUCUGUGUGGACGGUGUCAACUGGUUUCGAUGCGAGUGUGCCCCCGGGUUCGCCGGACCGGACUGUCGUAUCAAUAUAGAUGAGUGCCAGUCGUCUCCCUGUGCGUACGGUGCCACCUGCGUGGAUGAGAUCAAUGGCUUCCGCUGCGUCUGCCCACUGGGGCGAACGGGCCCACAGUGCCAAGAGUUUAUCGGUAUCGGGAAGAGCUGCCACUAUGCCGGCCUGCAGUUCCUUCAUGGCAGUCGAUGGGAAGAGGAGUGCAACAACUGCCACUGUGUCGAUGGCAAAGUGGAGUGUACCAAGGUCCUCUGCGGACGGCGGCUGUGCCUUCUCCCAGGGUCAUCAAAGUCAACGGGUGAGGAAUGUGCCCAGGCGGGCCCAGGUGGGCGUGAGUGCCAGGAGCACAGCUACCUCGCCUGCUUCUCGCCCCCCUGCCAUCGUUGGGGGGUGUGCUCAUCCUCCUCCGGCAGUGGUGAGACCGCACCCCACGACCACACCAAGUGCCAGCCCAACAGUGGGCACCUGGACAACAGCUGUGCCCGCAUCACGCUCAUCUUCAACCGGGCCAAAGUGCCAGUGGGCACGACGGUGGAGAACAUCUGUUCAGAGCUGAGAUACCUGCCUGCCACCCGAUCCCUGGCCAAAGACCACGCCCUCCUUGUGCUCUGUGACCUCUCAUACACCAAUCAGGAUGCUGUAGAAGUUGCCAUAUCGUUCCAGCCAGAUGAGCAGCCUGACCACAGUCUGAUCCAAGAGGCGGCCAGCACCAUUGUGGGCACGCUGUCUAAGCGUCACAACAGCACAGUCAUGCUGGCUGUCAUUGAGGUCAAAGUGGAAACGCAGGUCAUGCCCCCCACAGUGGACUACCUAGUGCCCAUUCUGUGUGUGGUCUUCUGUGUACUCUGGCUCUUCUGCAUCAUUGUGUGCGUGUGGUGGACACGCAAGCGGAGAAAAGAGCGCGAGAGGAGGGUGCGCGGCCCCAUCGACGAGAGCGUCAACAACCAGUGGGAGCCCCUGCGGCCCGUUGGAGGACGUCAACAACAACCGCAGCUCAAAGACAACAAUGAGGCCCAACAGGAGCGCAAAAAGCUCAUGGGCUCCCCCUACAGGAUGCGUGAUGGAGGGGAGGAAGAGGAGGAGGAGGAGACAGAGGGAGAGAUGGAGUUCGAGGAGGAGGACGUAGAAGCGGAAGCAGGCAAGGGGCCCGUCUGUAAGUACUCUAAAACCGGAGUGCAGUCCAAAGGGGAUGUGAUCUGCACUUUGCGGAGUUUGCCCUUAAAAACACCCAUCCGGACCACCACCAAAGACAACCUCUGGAAAAAUGUCAACGCCUCCCUGGCUGGCCAAGACGUCAAAGACCAUUUUGUAUGAACAAACAGGACUCAAACGGACUCACUCCACAGCCCCGACCGAGGAAAGAUGGGGAGGAUCCUAUAUAUUGUACUAUUAAAAGAGCGGCUUUUCAGUUAUUUUGCUGUCUGUAAUGAUUUGUUUUGGGGGGGAUGAUAACGCGAGGAGGGCGUUUCUUUUUAUGUACAGAUGAAGCAUAAUUGUAUUACUUUUGAACGAGGAAAAGUGAGGCCUCGCCUUUGUUUGAAUUGUACUGUUAAAAUGAGCGAAGAUAAAGUCCAAAAUGGAGGGGGAAUAACCUGUAUAAAGACUUUUUUGUUUGUUGAUUGUGAUUUUGUUUAAUUGUGAGUGGGCCCUUUUGGUUGUGACAGAGACUGGGGGGGAGGGCUUUUCGGGGGACUCGGUUGACCACUGCAACACGGGUUACUACGGCAACCCACCCAUCUCUUUCUUUGCCCGACGUGCCCGUCUGCAGCCGUCCCGCACCAGCCUUACCAAGAGCACAGCCUCGGGGGGGAAAGAAACCCCUGUGCCUACUAUGUGGCCUUCACAUUUUUUCGGUUUUCACAUCUCUUGGUUUUCUAGGCUGAAAGCUCUGUUUAAAGCAUUGCAGUAUUUGAGUUGGUAGCAAGUGCCUUUCUAUGAGCUCUGUAAUACUCCAUACUACAGCCGAGGUUCCCGAGUCUCGCUGCCCAGUUUGACCCCAAUGAUUACCACUCAAAGGGAUAGGUGUGUAUCCAGAGAGUCCGCCCUCAUAGCAACACCAUUUCAAAGGUAUUUGAUUAAAAAAACUAGAAAUCUGUACAUAGGUGUAUAUAAUAAAGGAGUCGCUGUGUAUAUUUGAAUUUAGUAACUUAAAGACAAUUCACUUUUUUUUUUUUUUUACAAUGCCAUUCCUUUUAUUUAUGCCAGUUCAAAGGAGAAUAUACAGCGUCCCACAGUCAAGAGCAUUUGCAUUAAGGUGCCCCUUAUAAAGGACUUAUGACGGGUUGCAAGUAGUUCAUUAACUCUUGUUAUUUCCUUUUAAACAUAUGUUAUACAUCCUCAAUCCACAUUUACAGGGUAGUGGUUGUAAUGUAUUGAAUGGUGACUGUUGUUUUAGUGCUUGCCGGAUAGUGAGCAAAUGGGUGAAAUCAUAAUAUACCCAGAUCUGCUCCUGAUUAUUACGGGUGCCACCAAAUCAUCCGGGGAAAUGUAACUGAUGACCAGGGUUCUAGAUAAUGUCUGAUGGGAACCAGGGUCUGUGUGAAGGAUUGAUAACAGCCCUCUAUUUGGCGAGCACUACCACAAUGAUUUAUGAACGAUAUUUUGGUAUUCAAUACUGCCCGUUUGUAUACUAGUGUAAAAACUCCCCAAGUUGUAAAGCCUUUAUAGAGGGUUCCUUAAUGUAAAGUUAUAUUUAUCUAAUCAACGGUCAUCUUUUUGUUGGUUUGUUUAUUAAGGAAAGUAUCUCUUAAAAAUUGUGUGGUGUAUCGUGGCGUGUUUUGUUCGCCUCAGUAAAGCUCUCUCUUCCCUGUUUCACUCUGCUGUCAAUGGAGUUUUCUGGGAAAAUAGCGAUGGACGUUCCUAACCUGUGGCAAGACUAGUUUGUCAAACCAUGUGAAAAAUACUGUAUUGUUCGCAUCUGCUUUUAGCCUGCUCUGGUUCAAGGCUUCAAUGAAGGGAACACAUUUUGCUUUUAUAAUGCAGUUGUGUUUUGAGGUACCAACUCAAUCCAAAAGGAUUUACCUCAGAAGUUGGCAAAUUACAGAUGUUUUCUUUUGUUUUUCUGUUCUUUUGCCCUUCAAAUUCAUGUUAACGUCUCAAACAGCCAUGUUUCCUCAUGGCACACAGCAAAAUAAAGAAUUUAAAACUC